AGAGAAUAUAUAAGCACGUAUAUACCCCUAUAUAUAAGAACUAAACUUAUUAAGACUCUAUACGAGUCCCUAGAAUAUAGAUACGCAGGAGUGGACGAAAUAGUUAGACAACUAGCUAAGGUAUUUAUAAUACUACGCUUGCGAGCGAAGGUGCAGAAAAUACUAGGUAAUUAUUUAGUAUGUUACUAG